AUGGGGGGAUCGUCGUACUUACCGUUGCCGGAAAGUAUUCUGAACCGGAAGGCCGUUGUCAACCCUCAAAAUAUCGACCGGCAAUGUUUUAAGUGGGCUAUCCUCGCCAAACACGUACUUCGCGGUCGCACGCGAGUAGGCGCAAAUUAUUCGAGGGAAGAACACCGAUACGACUUUUCUGCACUAUCAACCCCCACUCCGGUGUCCGAGAUAGAAUUGUUUGAAAGAUCGAAUCCGGGGACGACCGUAAAUUUAUACGUCGCGUACCCGCUGCGCGUUGCGGACGAAGAAAAGGCAAAUCAUUUCGACCUGCUACUGAUCGCCGGGAAGGACGGCGAGAAUCAUUAUGCCUAUAUUUCGAAUUUUUCACGUCUGGCCGCACCGCAAAAAAACAAUCAUGAACAUCGUUUAUUUUUCUGCAAGCGAUGUUUCACCAGCUUCGAGGACCGCCCAUUGAAAUAUAAAUUACACGGCGAGCAGGCGUUGGCGAAGCAUCGUUUGUCGUAUGGCGCGCACAAACCCGUAUUACCUCUGAUGCCAAAAGAGGGGGAUACGCUCGAGUUCAAGGCGUGGUGUAAGACCGAAUGCGUGCCAUUCGUAGAAUACGCCGACUUCGAAGCCUUACUUAUUAAAACUUCAGAGAAACAAGGUGCAAAUACCACGACGAUGCACACGCACCACCCCAUGAGUUACGGUUUCCUUGUCGUCGCAGCGGAGGGGGUACCGAUAGAUUUAUUUGACCAGUUCGACAUUCCGAGGGCUCCCGUCAUUUUCCGAGGCUCGGCGACCGAAGACGAUGUGGCCAAGCGUUUUGUCCGCGACGUCCUCGAUGUGGCCGCCAAGAUAGCCAGAUUAUAUAAGGAAGUUAACGUGCCGAUUUCUAUGAGUAUUGAGGAUUGUCGCGUGCAUGACGCCAAGGUGAUGUGUGACUUGUGCAGCGCUGCGUUUACCGAGCGUAACAGUAAAACUGCACAUCACGAUCACUUGUCGGGGCCUUUUGUAAAAACAUUAUGCAACACGUGCAACCUCAAAUUGAAAACACCGAAAUUCGUGCCGUGCUUCCUGCACAAUCUGUCGAACUAUGAUGCGCAUUUCAUCGUGACGAAUUUGGCGAACGACGGGGAGAAUAACAGGAUUUCAGUAAUCGCGAACACUGAGGAGAAAUAUAUUUCAUUUUCGAAGUAUAUUAACAACUCGUUCUCCGUCAGGUUUGUAGACACGUGCCGAUUUAUGGCGUCAAGCUUGGCGCACUUGGCGGAGAACCUCGUCUCCGCGAAUUUUGAAAAGUUUCGCGAAGUCGCGAAAGUGUUCACCCCGUCGGAGAUGGAGCUGGUCACGCGGAAAGGCGUUUAUCCUUACGAAUACACAGAUUCGUGGGAUAAAUUACAAGCACCAUCGUUACCGGAAAAGUUUCAAUUCUACAGCGCGUUGACGGAGACGCACGUGAGCGACGAGGAUUACGAUCAUGCGACCAGAGUUUGGAAUCAUUUCGGUUUUCUAUUCGUGGAGUCCGGAACCCGCGGCGGUCUGGUGCAGGCCAGCAAGCGUCACGCGCGUGCCAACAACCCCGAGACGCCCGGGUACAAUGCUGAAGAACCCAACACGUCACUCAUAUACCUAGAUGCAAACAAUUUGUACGGUUACGCGAUGUGCCAGUAUAUGCCGAUUGGGGAUUUCGUAUGGUACGCGGGAAAUCCAGAGGUCGCGCUGGCUCAGUUAGAUUGGAUGCGCGCGACGGACGAUAUCUGUGUGGUUAUGUGGAAUAAAACACCACAAAUGCACAACAACAACACAUAUAUGUUCAUCCGGCCGUAUGCAAGCGUGUGA